AUGUCCCCCUCACUUCCAUCUUCAUCUCCGACACAACACAGCAGUUGCCCCCCUCCAUCGAGCAGUCCUCCAUCGUCCCCUCUAUCAGGAUAUUCUUCAACUUCCGGGUCACCUCUUUUCGUCUCAACUCAAAUCUCAGGGAGCUCCCCUGAUACCAGACAUUCCGACCUAUGUACUUCACUUAAAGGUAUCUUCUCAGCGGAGAAGACACCACCACCUAUGACUCCGGCUUCCGCAACCAAAGGCCUAUUUUAUAAUCCAUCCACAUCUCUGGACCUUUCCCGCAAUGCUCGACGUCAGUUCAUACGUGAAAGGAUGAACAGAAAGUUCGUUCCAUACCCCCCCGACCCAGCUCCACUCGAGGUUCGUUUUGCAGCUCGUCUUCUGGGGCGAGAACGCAAACCAUAUGUAUCUAGUGAAUCUCUUGUCAAGCAUGCUGUACACUUAGAAAAUGGCCUCACGCAAAUGCGUCCUUCAACACUGUACAAAGGAUACCAAGCACAACUUGCUGCUCGUGAGACUGCGCGCCAGCGCAUGCUGGCUACCGCAUGGGAAAUCGAAGAAGCUGAGCGCUUCAUUGUGUUCCUCAAUGCCAUGCACGCCGACAACGAAGACCGGCUCAAAUUUACGAACGAUCAGUUACACAGCUUUAGGAGCCUUUUUUCUGAGCGUGACUGCACAGACGUUGACGAUGAUAGAGACUACCUUCAAGCGGUCUAUGAGGAUGAAAACGACAUUCUUAAGGUCAUCUCAUCUCAAGCUGAGCAUGUGGCGAAGGUUUUAGGCUCGCGUGUCAGCAAAGCUUUCCAAUCUGGAGUUGGAGCAUCCAGAUUCCCUUCAUUGCAACCUGGGGUUAUUGAUGAUGAAGAUGAUAGCGCCAGCAAGGCAUCUGUGAAAUCUGGGGCCGAUGGAUCCGGAUCCCCCACCGGCAGUGGGGUUCUUGAUGACGAAGACGACCCCAAAUAUCUAGGAACUUAUGCGGACUAUACCGCAAACCUUGGCAUUCGUCCCGAAGCCUCAUGUGUGGGUGCCACAAUAGUUGUAAUCGAUGCACCCUUUGCCCUCCCCCCAAAUGAUUCUUCCUGGAUGACUGGCAAACGUCCCCCACAGCGCAAAGGUAAAGCAAAGAUUGCAAAACCUGCUCGAGGGUCCGGUCUAAACCCUUCCCAUGUACCUGCGGACACGCAGAUCAAUCUCCCUGAUGAACAGCCACAACCUCCAGCUCAAAUGCCCAACUUCAAUCCACAUCAGCAGCAACACCCCCUAGACGCAUACAACCAGCCGAGCCUGAGCCAUUCAAACCCCUCAAGCGCCGGCUUCAACAGCUACCUGGAUUCUUUCAGCGCCGGCCGUGCAAACCCAAGCUACCCAGAUCCUCCAAACACAUACAACUACCAAGGCGCCAGCUACAGUGGCAACUCGCUGUCUGGUGCUGGCUACACUAACUCGCUGUCUGGCACCGGCUACAGCGGCAACUUGCUGCCUGGCGCCGGCUACACUAACUCGCUGUCUGGCGCCGGCUAUACCAACUCGCUGUCUGGUGCCAGCUACAACAACUCGUUGUCUGGCGCCGGCUACAGCAACUCGUUGUCUGGCGCUGCAAGCCCAGUGCCGGAUCCAGUGCCCACACAACCUCCAAUAGCACCGAACCACCUUACUGGACCCAUACCUCAUUGGUUGGGCGAUGAUGCUGACGCCGUGCGUGCACUGACUUACGAUCCAACAGCAGAUGAGAUACCGAACUCGAACAUUAUACAUACACUGGGUCCUGCAAGAUCCUCCGAAAGACGCCGACGCUCUCGACGCAUGCCCCCAACACCAUCGUUGGAACCCUACUCAGUACCCUCACAUCCAAGUCAGACGCACCCUCCUACUCCUACGGCCACUGCUGGCCCGUCCAAUGCUGCAUCAUUGGCCGACGUUGUCGAGGUCACUACAGCAGCCCGUGAACAAGUCCAUAACCACUCGAGGGAAAUCAUCAAAGGCAUCGUUUUUUCCCCUGAUGCAAUUGCAUCAUCUUCUGCUGUUCAGAAGCGCCUCGUCAAGGAGGUUAUUAGUAAGGCCGUGCCAUCGGUUAUAAGCCUUCGUGGGCUGACUCGGCAGGCCAUACUGUAA